GUUAAAGCAGAGAGUACUCCUCCCGGUUUUAAAGUCUUUGUGUGGAGCAGGUGGAGCACAUAGCUCGAGUAGGUCUGCAACUAGGACUGCAUUUUCAGUUCGGCAUGCUCUGGGAAAUUGGAAAACUGUGAGCAAUGAAAGUUUUAGAAUGUCCAUGUCGGAACGCAAUACACCCAGUCAUGGGCAUCGCCAAAGACCGCCACCGGAUGUGGACGAGGCUCUAUCCUCCAUGCUAUGGACCCCCUACGAGCGUACACCCAUGCCCAGUUCAUCGGAGGGGGAGGAAGAGGACGAUGAUGAGCGACUUAAUCGUAAAUUGCGUAAAUCACAAAGCAGUUAUGAGACUUCCACCUUGAGUGCCCCACAACCUGCAGUCCCUCAGCAUCGCCAUCAUCAGCAUCAUCAUCAUCAGCCUCAGCAUCAUCAUCAACAUCACUAUCCCGCACUUUUGCCCCCUGUGCCUUCUUUCACCCACUUUAGUUUAAGUGCAUUCGAUGCAGCAAUCGCCGGUAUCAAUUUGACCAAAUCUUCUGUCGAAGUUGAAACUGCAACAGCAAAUGGACGAGAUGAGCGGGCAGCUAGAAAUCGUUUCUCUUAUCCCUUUUACUAUGGCAGUCCGGCUCAUACAUUGACCCAAUGGUGUUCCUCGGCAACGACAGCCGUCAAAGAGCCGCCUUCCUAUGAGUCCCUCUAUGUCGAUAGCCACGAUGGCAACACGGAUGGUGCUCCAGCUUCAUUGGGAGCAGCCACAUCAGUCCUAUCUCUAGCCAGUGUGGGCAAGGCUCUGACACCGGCAUCGAGGCCAUGUGAUAGAUCGCAACGAUCGCCAAAACUAACGGCAGAUGUUCCCGCUGAGCGUUUGGUUCGCUCCUUUACGGAUGAUUACAUAUCGCAGAAUUGCGCCUCAUUCACGCCAGCAAUAAACAACAAUAACAACCCAUCAACGGAAAUUGAGCCGCAACAACAACAAAAACAGCCGCAACCAACAACGAAUGCAAGAUCACAACAAAGUAAAGAAAAGGCGAAUUGCAUUAUCAAUGAACAGAGAGAAAUGGCAGCGACGCCGGCAGCGACAGCGACAGCAAUAAACGAGGAAACCAGCCCAGGCCAGCAACAACAGCAGCAGCCGCAGCAGCAGGUCAAUCAACCUGUUUCCUGUGAGUCUGCCGCUGCCACUGCCACUGUCUCUGCCGCUGCCGCUGCUCUGGCUACAACUACAACUGCAACUACAACUGAGAGCCUAAACGAGAGAGUAAGCCACAUUGGCGUGGGAGAGGCAAACGACGGCAGCACCAACACCAUUGAGAACAGCAGCGUGUUGGCAGCGAGCAACCAAGUCGAACUCGAACAACAUUGUCGAGCAAGUGAGAGAGCCGCGAUCAGUCUCUCUUCAACGUUCGCGCCGUGCACAACGAACGCGAGUAAUAGCUGGAACCACAACAACAACAACAACAAUUCGUCGUCGUCGUUUGCGUCGUCGUCGGUGGUGCUGCGGCCCAACAAAUGUUUGGCAGAACUCGAACGUUUGUAUGCCGAAUUUCGCGCGAGUGAAAGUAGAUUUGAGCGUGAACUAGUGAGUCAACAACAAACGUUCGCCAUGCGUUUGAAUGUGCCAGCAGCAGGAGCAGCAUCAGCAGCAAAAACAAAAACAACAACAACAAAAGCAGAUGCAGCAACUGCCACAACAAGCAGUGUGUUUCUUAGCAAUAGCAACAACAACAACAAUUGCAAUGGCAACGGCAAUCAAGUUGUCGAGAGCAUUAGCAACAACAUUGCCAUUGGCAAGUUGUCGACGUCGUCGUCGUCGCCGUCGUCCUGCCAGCGACAGCCGAGCCUAACGAUACAAGUGAAUAACGGCAACAAUAACGGUACUAAUAACGGUAAUCCAAUCGAAUCGAGUAUUGUGAAUAAUAAUAACGGUGUUUGUGUUGUCAAUUGCAAUUAUACCGCCACCAGCACCAACACCAACACCACCCCCACUAGCAACAGCAACAGCAGCAACAUCUGCAAUAACAACAACAACAACAACAACAACAGCGUGGUGGAAAUAAAUAAUUCUGUGCCAGUGUUCAGUGCAAGUUUACAAAAUAAGUUAAAUAAUUUAAAUAAUAAUGAUUCAAAUGUUGUUGGUGCUACAAACACCACCAAAACAUCGAUACAACAGCAGCAGCAGCAACAUGUUGUUGCUGCUGAUAGCAAUGAUAACAGUGUCAAUAUAAUCAAUGUGAAUGCCAUUGUCCCGCCCGCGCCUGCGCGCACCUUCACCUCAACAGAAUGCCAAACGGAUGAUCAGCAACUUCAGGAGCAACCUGACCAGCAGCAGCAACAGCAGCAACCGGAGCAACAGCAACAGCAGCAAUUGCGCACACGGGAGCAACGUAGAAGGGAACGACGAGAACGUCGCCAGCAGCAACAGCAGCAAUCGUUUCCACCGCUUCAUCCACCGCGUAGACAAAAUACACAGCAGCCGCAAUUGCAUCCACCGCCACAUUUGCAUCAUCAGCAUCCGCAUCCGCACCCGCACCCGCAUCCGCAUACACAUCCGCAUCCAGCUGCCAUGGGAUUGGCGCGUGCCUUAUUGCCGGACAUUCUGCAUCCGCAUUAUCCACCGCCAUAUAGCGCCUUGCCGGUGCCCGUGCCACUGCCCAUGACAAUGCCCGUGCCAGUGCCAGUGCCAGUUGCUGUUGCCCCACAAUCCGCAAUACAGCAAUCUGGUGGUGGAGCUGGACAACAACAACAACAACAGCCACCGCCGCCACCUCCGCCACAACUAACGCCGGUGAUAUCAACGGUGCCACUGCCUGGACCGGGUCCAGCUCCACUCAUGAAUGACGGACGUUUCACCUUGCCGUUGCCCAUCAUGCGCAGAUCCCCCUCGGAGCGUUCGGGGAAGGGAUGUUGCGGGCAAUGGUUUGCCGGGCCACCUCUGCGUGCCCUCAUUGCCGUCGUAGCCUUGGGCGGUCUGGCUUGUGCUCUAGGCGGAGCUGCUUUAGGUGCCACCGGACUGGCUGGACCCACCAAUUCCCAUCUCACAGCCGCCCUGCUAAUGAUUGGAGUUGGCGUUGUUUUGGUCACAGUGAGUGGAGCUGCCUGGCGGAUGACAGCGCCGGGUGGCCAAAGUUGCCUUGGUCUUGGAACGAGUGUCGAUCUGGGUCGCUGCGGACGCCGCCCCUGCAGUCGCGGUGGUGGGGCACCGCAUGGUCUACUCUAUCCCGAGUUUCAACAUCGACCACCGCCGCCCUCGUAUCAGGCCAGCAUGCAGGAAUAUCGACUCAGACUUUUGCUCUUGGACCGCGAUCGUCAGAAUGGCGUGGUGCGUGGCAAUUCACCACCGCCCACUUAUCGAUCUCAUGCCGGCAGCCUGCUGAGAGCACCUUUGACCACUUUGCGCUCGGGUAUGUCCAGUAAUGGGGCAGGUGGCACUAUUAGCUCCAGCAUGGGCGGUUCCGAGUACAGUCUGCCGCCCAGUUAUCGCUCACGGAAUGCCACGCCCAAUGCCAACACAAUGUGCAGUGAGCGUAAUAUCGAGACAGCGCCAUCGGGUCGUCUGUUGGCCAACGAGGAUGUCCAUUUGCCAUCAGAGCCAACUAUGGCCGAGCAAUUGCAACAGCAGCAGCAGCAGCAACAACAACAGUCAUCAAACACAUUGCUAACAUCGGCCAUUGUGGAAAUUGAGUCGAGUAAUCGCGGUCGUCAGGUUGUCGAUGCGUCAGUGGAAACGACUCCAACAGCAAAAUCAAAAGGCAAAGGCAAGAGCAAAGACCUGGUUACCAUUGUGACCAUAUCCCAGGCAGACUCCUCAACCAACAACAACAGCAACAGCCAAAUGCAGUCAACUGGAUUAACGCAGACGCAUCCACCUGGCCAGGUGGUGGCCAGUGCACUCGAUCAGAUCGAUAUAUUGGCGCACCUGUAACUCCCAACUCCAACUGAGACUUCAAAAUGUUCUUCAAAUGAUUUUGAGUUCUUUUAAGCAAUUAUCUUCUUUUUUUUCUCUCUCUUUACAAAAACACUUGUUAACCCAAAGGUAUUUAUUUAAACAAAAAACUAAAAAGGAAAAUUAAACUGAAAGUGG